UGGAUGCAAGUUAUCAUGGGUAAAAAGGUACAACUGCAAUAAACAGAAUGACUUGAUUUGAGUUUCAAUGUUUCCUGGACAGCAUGCCAAAAAAAUCACUAAUAAAGUCGUGUACACUGGUCCACAGCCCUGAGUCGGCUCCACCUCCUGAAAAGUCAGAAGCUGAACAUUGGCAGGAGCAGGGACGAACUGACCAUUUGGAAACUCAGGCACUGCCCGAGGGCCCAGGGUCAGUAGGGGGCCCCAUGAGAUGCCCCUGGUACCUUUUUCAAAGGCUUUUUUGAGUUUGGGCAAGGACACAGGGGCCCCAUGAUCCCCUAUUGCCCGGGGGCCCUAU